AUGUCUUAUGCUUAUGCCACUCUUUUAAUAGGAGAAUCCUAUUUACCAGGUGUUUUAACUUUGGGGAACAGAUUAAAACAGUUGGGCACGAAACAUAAAUUGUUGGUUUUAUUAGAUACCAGUUCAAUUUCAUUACAAAGCAAACAAUUAAUCGAAUCAAUUUAUGAUGAAUUAAUUCCUAUUGAUGAUCAAUUGAUUUUAUCUCCAUUGCAGAAGUUAACUGAACAAUUGCAACGACAAGAAUUAACAAUUAGUUAUUCAAAGAUUUUAUUAUGGAAUCAAUUAAAUUAUGAUUCAAUUGUUUUUCUUGAUGCCGACGUAUUACCAUUACAAAAUUUAGAUCAAUUGUUUAUUGGUUAUGAUAUUGAUAAUAACCAGAUUGGUGCUGCUUCUGAUUCCGGAUGGCCAGAUAUUUUUAAUUCCGGGGUAUUCAAGUUGAAACCUAAUAAACAGACAUUUGAACAAUUAUUGGAAUUUAGUGUUGAUCCAAGCAAUACUUUUGAUGGUGGCGAUCAAGGAUUGUUUAAUGAAUUUUUCAAGUUGGAAAAUUGGAUAAGGUUACCUUAUUUAUAUAAUGUGACGCCUAAUUAUCGUCAAGAUUAUCAGUAUUUACCAGCAUUCAAUAGAUUUUUUAAGGAUAUUAAAGUAUUACAUUUUAUUGGUCAAGUGAAACCUUGGCAUUAUGAAAAUGUUUUAGCAAGUGAUUUAGCCAAUUUUCAUCAAUAUUGGUGGGACGAAUUCAAUAAGUUUAUUGGAGAUGAUGUUGCAUUGAAGUAUAGAUUGUUGAAUUUACCUAGAGGUGAAGCAACAAAGUUGAAGUUUGGUAAAACUUUGAAUGCAUGGGAUAAGAAAGAUAUUGACCAAGGCACUGAAUUGGUGGAAGUCGAAGAGGAAGAGGAAGAAGUUAGUCACAGUCCAAUUUUCCCUUGGGAACAUCGUCAGGAGAAAAGACAAGCAACUCGUGUUUUCCAAAAUAUUCCUACUACUUCUACCACUGGUAAUGAUUUUGGAAAAUCUGAUGCAGAGGAAGAACAAUAA